GUAUGACAUUUCUGGUGUGUCAUUUACGAUUACUUCUGACGUUUACACAGUUCCCAGUCUACGGAACAAAAAUAUUUAAUUUUCAAGGACUUUUAAAGCGCUAAGAUGUCGGGAGUGCAUCGUGAGGCAAUUCAGAAACAAAUCCACCAGGACUGGGCUAAUAGAGAGUAUAUAGAAGUUAUUACGGCGAGCAUAAAGCGAAUCACUGACUUCCUGAACUCCUUUGAUAUGUCCUGUCGAUCCCGUUUAGCCGUACUCAACGAGAAACUUACAACAUUGGAAAGGCGCAUAGAUUUCUUGGAAGCCUGUGUAACGCAGGGAGAAACCUUAACGUAAAUUCGAACGAAACAUGCCGCACACGCCAAGUUUUCCUUCGCAGAUUAAAUACCUUUUAUUUUCUUAGAUUCCAUAGUUGCUUUUAUAGUGCUUAUAUAUUAUAAGAAUAUACGUUUAGAAUAAUUGA